GCAGUCCUUCGCCGUCGGCAGCGGCAGCGGGUCGGAGGUGCCCACCCUGGUCGUGGAGCACGACGAGAUGGCCGCGCCCACCGUCGACCUGGUGCUCCUGAACGUGUACGACCUCGGUGACAAGCACAUGGAGCAUUGGAAGCGGACGGGGAUGCAGUACAGCCCGUACCACAGCGCGGUGGAGGUCUACGGGUACGAGUUCUCCUGGUCGAUGCCCGCGGACGACCUCGACCUGCCCCCAGAUGUCACCGAGAACGCGCCGCGGCAGAAUCUGGAGCACAAGUUCCGCAGCACGGUCUCUCUAGGCUACACGGCGGUGUCGCCGAGGGACACGCUCAGCAUCCUGGCGGACAUGAAGCGGGAGUGGAGCCAGCACACGUACCGCAUCCACGGCCAGAACUGCCACAGCUUCUGCGAGGCCGUCUGCGGCCGCCUGGGCGUUCCGACGGGCCUGCCCGACUGGGUCAAGAACGCACAGUCGGCGGCAAGAGGGCGCGUGGUGGUGCGGGUCUACGACCUCGGGCAGACCAUCAUGCCGCGGGACGGGAGUGCGGGCGGGCGCCGCUCGGCGCCCGGGGGGCCUCGAGAGCAGAGGCCCAUGGACGCUCGAGGCGGAGGGCGAGCGGCGUCGUGA